UAGUGUCCAUAGCUAGAUAAUGUCUGUAGUAUAGUCGACUCGGUUUUAAUUGAGAAUACACGUCCAGAUACUGUACCUCAUGUUUAAGCUGUUUGUGUAGUACAUUACUGUUUUUUAUUGAGGAUCAUAUGGGGAAAAUAUAUGAGCUAGUAAGUUCCAGGUCCAAGAAUUACAUGGAAAGUUUUUAAAAUUAAAGUGUAGGACUUUAAAAUUGUUAGUUUAUUUAUCUGAUAUAGUACAUAAGUACUGAAUGACUUCCCAUCACCAUACAAAUACUGUACUCUACAGUGCAGUAUUAAACAAAUAACAGGGCAGUGCUGUUUAUUCUGGUGUUAAAAGGUCUCAGGUUUAACUGGUUGUCUAGUGAGGAAAUAUUUUGUUUUGGGUAAAAAAUUUCUGUAAAAUGUAUUUAGAAAAUUUAAUGACAGUUUAGAAAAACCCACUGAUUACUUGCAUCACUACUCAAAACAUGUAUAAAUGAUCACUGAAUGCUUUAACCUUUGAGUGCACUAUAACGAACUGCCAAGCAGUUCUAGUGGGUGUGGUAAUCUUCAUAAUCCAAGCAUAGUGCCACAGGCUACCUAACUACUUGUUGAAUAUCUGUUGUUGUUUCCUGGGAUCAACUUCCCCUGUGGCCCAGGUUCUGACCAGGUCUCUUGGUUGGUGGUCAAGUCAACCAGGCUGUCGCCAACUUAAAAACAGUCAAACCUGACCUGACAGUAAAAUGUCUCUUAAUGAACUAUGCACAUUGCUAACUAGCCACAGCACUGCUAUUAUUAUUAGAAUCCUGGUCACUAAAUCCUUAACAUAAAUCAUCAUCCACAAGUUUAUUUUCUAAAGAAUCAUGCAGUCCCGUUUCAUGAUUGUGUGUGUGUGUGUGUGUAUCAAACUGCGGCUGUGUGCUGUGACUGUCUACCUCAUGCUGUGAUCAUCGUAACCAGCGAUUGGGUUCAAUAAUAUCUGAACCAUAUACUACAUAAUUUUUAUUAGUCAGGAUCUUGUAUGACACUACUAUAUCAUUAUUAAAUAAUCACAGCUACGUAUAUUUUAAUUUACGUAUUUUAUUAUUAUUAAGAGGUGUUGGCACAUGCUACACGGCAGUGCUGUGAGCUGCUGCUGCAUGUGCUGCUCAUGGUCACCCUCUCAGUACGGAGACUCUCACACCCAGGAGGGGUGUCCAUAAUUUUCGUCCAAGAUGGCAUCCGUUUACUGGAGUCCUGUGGAAGCAGAUAUUGAUGACCUGCUACCAAAUUGAUAUUGGGAAAUGAGCGACCUCAGCAGUCUCCUUUAGUAAUGCUGUCAUUAAUCCAAAUCCGUGACUUCCACUCACGGCGGUUUUCCCGUAACAUUGAGUUUUUCACCGCAAGUGAUGUUCCACUUCCUAAGAAUACAAUGGAGAUGGCUUCAACAUUGAGCAAGCAUGACCGUCCAUUAACGCUUUUGUUCUGCUGGCUCAUGGCUCGGGAGCGGUAUAUCAAGAAGUAUGCUCAGCUUUACACCAACAUGGGGUGUGAUGUACUUAAAAUCCGAAUAUCACCAUUCGAUCUCUUGCGGCCUACCAAGGGAUCUCAGGUGGCAGCAGAUCAGGUUCUACAGUUCCUACAUGCAAAUCCAUCCCAUAAUCCAUUAUUGAUUCAUGGCUUGAGUGUUGGUGGAUAUGUUGCCAUGGAACUCAUGGUAAAGAUUCAAAAUGACAUGCAGAAGCAUGGGCAUCUGCUAAAUCGUUUUGUAGGACAAAUCUGGGAUAGUGGUGUGGACAUCGAGGGAAUACCCAUUGGUGUACCCAGAGCCAUCACCAACAACCAAAAUAUCCAGAAUAAUAUCAAGAAAUACCUCCUAUGGUACUUAAAGGUUCAGUACAAUACAGCAACAAUUCAUUAUGAGAGAGCAAGUGCCAAGAUGCAUGAAAACUUUGUAGGGGUGCCAGCACUUCUCUUCUUCUCUGAAAAUGAUCCAAUCUCCACCCCAGAAAUGAAUGCCAAUGUGUACAAGAAAUGGGAAGCAAGAAAUUUCCCGGUGUAUAUUAAGUGCUGGAAAGAUUCAACUCAUGUCAGCCAUUACAUGAAAUACCGGACAGAGUAUGAAGAGGAAGUGGCUGCAUUUUUAGAGCGCAUUGGAAUAAUCGAGCCAACCAGACAACGUGCUUCAUCCUGCUGAAGAGCCAAGGGUCAUUUUUAUUGACAGUUUUAUUGGUAUUGUAGAAUAGCAUAGAUAAAUUUUAUGCAAUAUACUGAACUUUAUUUUAUUUUUAUUUAUUUAUUUAUAAUACAUGUUUUUAAACAAGGUAGUAUAGAAUAAAAUAGCCAAUAUACAUUAAUGCAAGGGCUAGUUACUGCAUCACAAAUAUACAUGUAUUAAAAGAUGUGUACCAUAACUGAUGACUGGGGAAAAAAUAUGCAUCUGUGACAAAAGAAAUUACAUGCACUGUCUUGUGUAACUGAUAGGUGUUUACAUAUACAGUAUAUAUAUACAUUUGUUAAAUUCGUGCAUAUAUGCAAACAUUACACAGUCUUUGCAUGGAUGUCACGGCUGCAGGAUCUCGCCAGCACUUUGUAUAUGAUGAAGAUCAGUUAUGAACUGUCUCUUGAAAAGUUCCUGCCUUGGUGUUAGUAUAUGUAAACAAAUUGUUUUCAUGUUAAAUGGUAUAUACAGGAUCAUUUUCCUAAUCAUUCAGCAUGACAAACUAGUCAAGAUACCUGUACGAGACAGUAGUUUUAUGGAGGAGUUUAAUGGAAUAUGAGUGAGAGUAUCCAAGGUGCAGUAUAAAUUUUACUUUGAUCUCAAGUUGUAAUUUAUAAUACUUUAAAUUUUCCAAAUGAGAGGCUUGUAUAAAUACUUUUGUAUUUGUAGAGAAGAAAUGCUUGUGGCCAGAUAUUUGUAACUACAGCUAUUAUUAGCAGUCUAUUAGCUACUUCAAAGCAGUAGGUAUUAAGUAGAAUACAAACAUGUUUGUUAUUCUGAAAUUUUUAAGUACUCUAAACAAAUUCAUUAAAUGAGAAGUUGAAGGAUGCCUUUAAAAAUAAGAAGUAUUUGAAGCAAACAAUUUAUAUUAGAAUUACUACUGUGCUGUAAGUCAUUUUUUAAUGUUAAUAAAAUAGUAUAUAUUGUAUGCAUGAAUAUUAAAUCACUACAGUUCCUCAUCUGCAGUGACUUUAUAAAAAACUUAAAAGUUCUUUCUAAGAGCAAGAAAUUUCUUUUGAGCGAGACUGGCACGUAUUAAAAAAAAAUGUUGUACAUAUUAAAUAUGCAAAGUUUUAUAAAUACAUUUUGUAAUUCACACUAUAUUAUGACAAACACCAUCACUCAAGCCAUCAUAAAAGUUUACAUAAUAUUGAAAGAUCUAUUACCCCUUUCUCUUUUCAUUAAUAUAUAUAUAAUAAUACUGUAGUACAGUACUGUAAUUUAAAUAUAAAGCCUCAUAGGCCACCUUUCAUGUGCAUUAUGAUAUCAUUAUUUUGCAAAGAAUGUAAACAUCUCUCGAACUGAAGUAGUAUAUAAACACCUAAAAAAUGCUCUAAUUAAAGGUUGAUAAUUUAUAGAUAAUUGGCAUUGUUAUUUGUAAACUAUCUAGCGCCCUCUGAUUAUUUUGCGUCUUUGAUGGUGCUACAUAGCCUUCCCGGUUUGGUGCCUUCUUUUGAUAAUUACUUACUUGUAAACUAUCUAUUCUAUAUUUGGUUGAUCAUAUAAUUUUUUCUGAAACCUAUCAGUUUUAAGACUAGGCAAUGAUUAGAUCUUAUAUGUAUAAAAGGGAUAUUAAAUGGGGCACUGUGUGAACAUUGUGUGUUGAGUGUUGGGUUCUCUUACACUUGAGGGCCCAAUACUCAGGUCCUCAAGGGUAAAAUUUUCAUAUAUUGCCCAUAAAAUGCCAUAUUACAUAACUGUAAAUGUGUAACACUGUAAGCUAGCCUUUGUCCUUGUGUUUGUAGAUAAUUCAUUGUAUUGUACUGAAGAAAUGAAAGGCACUAAACAGAAUUACUGUAUCUUUAAACAGAAAAUGACAUAUUUAUUGCAGUACUGGAAGUUAUUGUAUGGUGAGAAUGACAUUGUAAACUGAUAGGCAGUUUGCCUGUGGUUUACUUGUUAUAGUUUGUAUUUACCUCAUAUUUUAUAUUUUCAUAUAUAUUUUUCUCCAUUCACAUGUAAUCUCAUUACUGUCACAUUUUAUUGUAUUUAACCACCAAAAACCAGUGAUGCUUCCUGAUGAGAGUAGCAUAACCAAAUGUCCACAACUCUUGGACUACCAUGUCACCAAGGGUCUGCUGAUCUUGCACUACCACUCUCGCGGUCACCUGUCCCUCAAUAGAAUUCUUGGUGACUCGGAUACUUUUGAUAUCGUUCGCCUUAUGUGUUUUUGUUCUCGUAUUGGCAUCCUUGGUGAUAUUUAGCGCCCUCUGAUUAUUUUGCGCAUUUGAUGGUGCUACAUAGCCUUCCCGGUUUGGUGCCUUCUUUUGAUAAUUACUUACUUGCACUACCACUAGCAAGGCCACCAAGGGUCCACCGAUCUUAAAACACCCCAUCAUAACCAUAUUGAACUUGAGGAAAUAGGUUUCAUUCUCAGUAAUUUUUUGGUGGUACUGUAUUAUAAAUUUUCCAUAUGCAUGUCUUAUUUCUAUAUACCUCGAUACAGUAGAACCUCAAUACUCAAACAGUCCCCCACUUGAACGCUGUGUUAAUGUUUGAUACUCAAACAUAAACGUGCAUCCUAUAUAAGUCGAUUUCCCAGUAGCUUUCAUUCAGUGUACAACACCACUAGACUUCUCUAAACUUUAGUGUUUUCUAUAUUUUUUUACAUUCUUAGUGUAAAUAAGUUAUCAUCCUCUUGAUGGUACGUGCAAUUUGCACGAGUAAAUAACUCAACAUGGCACUUAAGAAAGUUAGUAAAAGUAGUGAUAAGAGCCAAGCAAAACAGAAAAAUUUGUUUGAACCAUGAUUGAGAUAAAAAGAACGCGUAGAGCAAAAUAUGAAAGUUGGUGCGUGCGAGUCUGCUAUUGCUACAGAGUUUGGUAUGCCUAAAUCUAGUUCUCUAAUAAAAGAAAUGGAAAAUGGGGGAAAAUGUAAAGUGUCUUAAGAGGGAAACUGAAAAAUACAAGAGAGAGAAUCCCCAGACACACAAUUGCCUGAAGUUGUAAUGCUAGGGGAUCCCCUGCCAAAGAAUAAUCUCUCUUCCUCACCAUCUUCCACAAUGCCACCAACUCUUAAGUGCAGGUAAAGUGCACACACUAUUUACAUUUAUUUCAUUUAUUUAUUGAAUUAAUAUAUUAAUUAUUGUGGUCUGGAAUGGAUUAAUUCGACUUACAUUAUUCCUUAUGGAAAAAAAAAUGUUCGGUACUAGACCUGAUUGGCACUCAACCGUCCGUCGGGAACCAAUUACCGGUAAGUUUGAGUUCCGAGGUUCCAUUUAAUUUAUCAGCAUUCCAUGUGUAAUUUGUUAAACAGCUAUAUACACAACUCCAUGAGAUAUGCAGUGUUCUCUAAUACUUGUAAUGUUUUGCAGUUUCUUUGUACAGUACUGUACUUUAUAAAUUUGUUUGUUAACAUGAUACAGAAUGGCAGGGCAACAGGGUUAUGGAAACUUUCCUGACAAGUUUUCUUUACAAUUCUAUAGGAUUAUUCUAAUUUGAAUCACAAUUUUGCCCAAUGUUGCAUUUAAGUAAGUAAAUAUUAUUAUACUGUAUUUGAUGAUUAUAUUCAAAUAAAAAAUCCAGUCCAGAGCCUAACUUAUUAAUAAUAAUAAUGCAAAGCGUGACUAAUAAUGUUUAUGGCUCUUGACUAUCCUGAAUUGUCAACAUUAAUAGGAAGUACAUUCAAUUAUUCAGCCCUGUUUUAAAUGUUUCACAAUGACAGACAUUAUUAUUUUAAUGACAUUGUAAAGUUGCUAUUAAUGCUUUGAAUUAAAGGGACCUUUUCAAAACAAUAAA